UUCGUUCAUUUAAAAAAAUAUACUUUCUUUAUAUUUUAAUUUAAUUAAAAGCAAACCCUUUUUCAAAAAGUCUAUAUACUCAAAAAGACUUUCUCUCUUUUGGUAUUACAUUAAAUGAACACCAACAAUGAUAACUUAUCGGAUAAGGAAAAAUUGUUGGAUACAAAUGCCAAAACAACGCGAAAACAAAAUCAAUGGACUAUAAAUGAUUUAAAAGUUAACAUUGAUUCUGUUUAUAGGAGUCCAUAUUCAUCAACUGGAAGUUUGGUUAUCUCUCAGUCUACAGAUAAUCAAGAUGAAUCAUUAAUUAGUAAUAACGAUAAUUUCUCAGAAAUUCGAUAUAAAGGAUCAAAUAUAUCUUCUUCGGCACGUAGAGGAAGUCUUGUAUUAUCAGAUUCAGAAUCAGAUCGUUCACUAACAUUGUUAACGCCGCCAAAUGUAAGAAGAAGAGCACUUUCUGCAACUUCUAGACCAAAAGAUAGAUUUUCAAUGCUUGAAUUUGGAUCUUCUAAGAUAGAUGAUGUCAAUAAAUUAUCACCAACAAGACAUAGUAUGGCAUUUGAUAAUGGAUUUAAUAUAAACAAUAAAAUGAUAAAGAAUUCAUUAGAGGAUCGUGAAAUUAUAGAUCGAGUAAGAAUCGGUAACGCUGGUAAAGGCUUUGGAAAUUUAAUUAACAAUGACGGUGAAAAAGGGUCUAUUGCUGAUUUAAUUGCUGAUGUAAAAGACGAGGAUGCUGUUAAGUUAGCAAUGAUUACUCAAAAACAUGCUGGUCAAAAAAAUCGAAUGCAUAACACUGAAACUGAUAUCGAAAAGUCUAUAGCACAAAAAGACGGGCGGGUUUUUUCGGAAGCAACUAUAACUAAUUCCACAAUGUGUAAACAAUUUCUUGAAAAUAAAUAUCACAUAUUAUUUAAAAUAAUUAAUAAUAAUGGAGUGUAUAAUCCUUUGACAAUUGUUAAAAUUCGAAAAAAUGAUUUGCCACGUGAUGGGUCAGAUCAUAGUUUGGGAUCAAGCGAAAAUUCUAGUUGGGGGAAUAGUAGAAACAAAAUAAAAUCGCGUGGAUCUUUGCCACGUCACAAAGAAUCAAAUAUAUGGAAUGUAUCACAUAUGGAAAUAAUAAAGGAUUAUGAACAAAAAAAUAAAUUUGAUCAGAUUCACCCUAGUAGACAAUUUGUUCGUGACGACAAAGAAAAUUUUGACGACGAUAAAGAUUAUCCAGAAUCUGAAUCUGAUGAAAUUAAAAAAAGACAAAAAUAUCUUCAAUUAUCACAGAUGUUUAAUCCUCCUACAACACAGGAAAUGAUGAGAUCAAGAGAAAAGGAAGAAAAGGAGAGUAAUGAUUUAAAGUUGAAGGAGGAAAAACACUCUUUGAGUUCGAACAGUACAACAUCUUUAUCACAAGGAAAGGAAGAUUCUUAUAAUAAAUCGAAAAAAUGGUCAAUACAUUUUUUCAAGCGAAAAGAUAGGAAACAUAAAAAUAAGUCGAGUUUAUCUAACAUUGGAAUUAUACAAGUAUCAGAUGAUUCAUUGGGACUACAAACGAACGCAAAACAUGUGUCUGAAACAUCUUCGGGUGACCAAACUCCUCGUAGUUCAUUGGAAGAUUCAACGCGACAAAUAGAUUCUGAAGAUAUAAUGAGUAAUAGUGAGAGAAUGCACUAUGAAUCAAGUGUAUCUGAAGAAAAGCAUAACUAUAAUCGAACUGAUGAUUUGAUAGAUGAUGUAUCAAGUCAAGUUAAUUCGCUGGACGGUCAUAGUAAUAAAUCAUCAACCAGGAGUUCGGUGAAUUUAGAACCGGAUGAUGACGUGGGUUAUUCUUCAAGGCAGAAUAUUGCAGAAUCUUCGAAUAUCGGGGAUCAUUACGAUAAAUUUAUCGGAGAUGAACAUGAAGAUAAUCAUUUUAAUCGUUUAUCGAGUGAAAAUAAAGUAAUUGAAUCUAGUGGAUCGGAAGAUGAGUACGAAGAUGAAACUACCAUUGGACUUGUGGGAGAAACUGUGUUGGUUAAUCUUGAUAUACUACCACAAGAGCUUGUUAAUUUAGUGCACGAUUAUCAAGAGCAUGGUAUCGUUGAUCGUAAUAUCGAUAAUGGACGAUUUGUUGAGUUAGAUAUUGGAUUAAAUGAAAAUUUCAAAUUUCGUAAAUUAAUUAGCUAUGGAGUCGACUUACUGGUUCUUCAGAUAUCACUUGUGUCAGAGGAUGUGGAUAUCAAAAGUCUAAGUCAACAAGAUGCGGAUGAAAUAAUCAAAAGAUGUGAUGAUUAUAGUGAAUAUAUUGAUGAAGCAAUUAAGUUUUUGGAAAAUUAUGAGAUACAAUUAUCCAAGAGAGAAGAUAUUAUUAAAGAUAAUAUAUUUAAAUCUAUCGAUAUCCUGAUGAAAUCAUCAAAUAUUUUGGAGUCUUCUUUUGACGUUAAUCAGCAAUCAAUAGCAGAAAAUAAAAAGAGUAUCAAAGAAGAAAUCAAAUUAUUAAAUAAUAAACUUGUCAACAUUGAAGAUACAGUAAAUAAACUAGAAGGGCAACAUAUCAGUUUCACAGAGAAAAUGGAAAUUACGUUAAGUAAAAUUGAAAACAUGACACUGGAAGUUAAUAAUGAUUAUUUCAACGAUUUAAAAAUUCUUGAAGAUGAAAUUCAACUUAUAAUAGCAGAAAGAGAAAAAUCGCCAUGGUUAGAUGUAUUUUACUUGAUGAUGAGUUAUGUUAUAACAGUCAUUAUGAUUAUGUAUUGGUUUGUCGUUGCUUGCUUUAAAUUGUUUAAGAAAAUAUUACUAGUUCCAUGCAAGAUGGUGGAAAUCAUUACUUCAUCGAAUUCUUCCCAUUGAUACAUAAUUCUUUUUGCAUUAACUUCUAUUGCAUAAAUCAUUUAGACACUUACCUGACUUAUAUUUUUAGCAUUAUCAUCAAUUUUAUCAAUUAUUUAUGGAAGACAAUACUAUAUUAUACCAAAUUCAUUUCAUCUCCUCAUUUCAUUAUUCAUACAUU